AAGUUAUAACUUUCUCUCAUUCCCACAGCCUGAACCAUCAUCCAUGUAUAAAAGGGGCAGAAGCACAAUAGAUUCUUGCCAACAAUCCUCCAAAGAGAAUAACACUCUACUAGCAGUUAACAGAGAUAAACAUGCCUAAACCCACUUUUGUACUCGCUAUCACCCUUCUAAUUGUUCUCUUCAAUGCAUCUGCAGGCCAAAACAUAGUGGUAGAAAUUGAUAAUGCUGUUUCUUCCAAGUCGAUAAAGGGGCAUAGCAGAAAGAUUCUCACAGAGAUUCAGGAUUAUGACUAUGGAGGCGCAAACUCUAGGCAUGAUCCACGCAGAAGGCCAGGUAAUGGUGGAAGGAACGGCUAGAGAGCUAAGCUCCUUCAUACAUAUCCCCACAUAUGAUCAUGUGAAGACGCUACUACAUGAAAGGGGAUUGUAUAAGGGACCAGUCACUUGCUGUAGCAAGACUAUAUGAAUUUCCCUGUUGUAUGCUUUAUAUAUCCAAAUGGACCAGAGAGCCUGAUAGAUAUACUCUUACCCUAUAAAUAGUCUAGUGGCGUGAAGUUGAGACUGGUUCACUUUAAAGGGUGCUAGAUGGACUACUAAUACGUACUUGAGGCACUGGAUCAUCUAUGAUACCAUUUUGUUCGGUGAUAAGUAUUUCUUGUGAGCUCGUGCUAUUCUGUUCUCAA